GUCCCCGGUCAUCCGUCAAUUCGAUCACGGAUCGUCGUGCACGAGCCUCGUCAUCAUGGACGUUAAAACUUUGCUGCGAUUCGCAUUUUUGAUUGUUGUAGCUGAGCUACUAUCCGAGCCGUGCGAUACUCAUCUGAUCGCCCCUCAGCCUUACCAGUUUCCAAAUUUCGCUUACCUACCGGAGCCGACCCACAUUGGAUUUCCCGCACCUUCGAAAGCCGUGCCCCAGUACUUGACGCGACAGUUCCGCUCCGAUCAAUUCAGACCACAUGACGAUCACGUCUUCUUCGUGCCACCACCACCACCACCAACAAUACAGCUUCUCCAACCCCAGUUCCGCCAGGAGGCACCCCCGCCAAUUUCCCCGCCCGUCCAGGCGCUCUACGCUAAUCGACCCCAAAUGAUCCCACAACCACCACCCGCAUCGUCACCACGGAUGGGAAGACAGUUGUGUCCUUACGCAGCUGCUUCAUCAACUCCUGGUAGAUUUCCAGCUCUACCUUACACCCCCAAUUGUGCACAGGCUUCCCAAUCCGCCGGAGCCAUGAAUCAGGGACUGCCGGAGCUUCGGCUCGACCCCAGGAACGAGCUGGUCAAGGUCUCCAACGGGCACGCGUACAAGAUCUCCGAGCCCAUCUCCGGGGGAUCUAACCUCGUGCCGGUGGACGUCAAGGGACACCGCGACGAGAACUACGGAAAGCUGCGGAACACGGACAGGAUGUACGUGGUGUUGGACCAAGACAACGGCAGUAGAGAAGAGCCCCCAGUCGGUAACCACGAGGGCCACUUGCGCCCCGAAGACAUACGCAAGCUGCACGACGUGAUCGAGACUAUCAUCGAGAUUGCCCAGAUGGGGAAGAUGGUGCGGCAGGGCGAGGAUGCAGUGGAGUCCAGGACCAGUGUGGACGGACAGCAGCGGCCCGAAGUUGUGAUUCACGAUCUGGUGUCUGCUAGAGCUGCUGCUGCUGCCGUGGCGCCACCAUCGACUGUUGGUCCCAUCGCGAGCCCGGAUGACCCGAGUAGAGUGGCGUCACCGGCAGGUGAUGGCGAUAUUAUUGGGAGCGAAGGCGCGCAAGUGAAGGAGUCUACGGUGGCUGCGGGGAGUUCCGCUGACGAGACAACCGAGAUGACCAGGUACGCGGUUACGCCCGCGACUCGCUGAUUCGAGUUGUCUGAGGAUUUUUACAUUGGGAUGAAUCCAUCGACUCUUUUUUCUUUGUGAUACUCACGAAACACAUUUUGUGUUAUUAAGUAUUAUCAUCAUGCGAAUAUUGUAGAUGUAUUGUGUUUUUUAAUGCGUUUAUUUUUUCAUUGCUGUGUUGAAGAAAAAUU